AUGCCUGGACACAUGCCUGGGCACAUGCCUGGACACAUGCCUGGACACAUGCCUGGCCACAUGCCUGGACACAUGCCUGGCCGAAUGCCUGGCCACAUGCCUGGACACAUGCCUGGCCACAUGCCUGGACACAUGCCUGGACACAUGCCUGGACACAUGCCUGGCCGAAUGCCUGGCCACAUGUCUGGAUACAUGCCUGGACACAUGCCUGGCCUCAUGCCUGGACACAUGCCUGGACACAUGUCUGGCCACAUGCCUGGACACAUGUCUGGACACAUGCCUGGACACAUGCCUGGACACAUGUCUGGACACAUGCCUGGACACAUGCCUGGACACAUGCCUGGACACAUGUCUGGACACAUGCCUGGACACAUGCCUGGACACAUGUCUGGACACAUGUCUGGACACAUGUCUGGACACAUGCCUGGACACAUGCCUGGACACAUGCCUGGCCACAUGUCUGGCGACAUGCCUGGACACAUGCCUGGACACAUGCCUGGACACAUGCCUGGACACAUGUCUGGACACAUGCCUGGACACAUGCCUGGACACAUGUCUGGACACAUGCCUGGACACAUGCCUGGACACAUGUCUGGACACAUGCCUGGACACAUGCCUGGACACAUGCCUGGCCACAUGUCUGGCCACAUGCCUGGACACAUGCCUGGAAACAUGUCUGGACACAUGCCUGGACACAUGUCUGGCCACAUGUCUGGACACAUGCCUGGACACAUGUCUUGCCACAUACCUGGACACAUGCCUGGCCGAAUGCCUGGCCACAUGCCCGGACACAUGCCUGGACACAUGCCUGGACACAUGCCUGGACACAUGUCUGGCCACAUACCUGGUCACAUGCCUGACCGAAUGCCUGGCCACAUGCCCGGACACAUGCCUGAACACAUGCCUGGACACAUGCCUGGACACAUACCUGGACACAUGCCUGGCCGAAUGCCUAGCCACAUGCCCGGACACAUACCUGGACACAUGCCUGGCCGAAUGCCUGGCUACAUGCCCGGACACAUACCUGGACACAUGCCUGGACACAUGUCUGGCCACAUACCUGGUCACAUGCCUGGCCACAUGCCUGGCCACAUGCCUGGCCAUAUGCCCGGACACAUACCUGGACACAUGCCUGGACACAUGUCUGGCCACAUACCUGGUCACAUGCCUGACUGA